CGGUCCGCAGUGUGCAAAGGUCUGCCCGGCUGCUGUCUGUCUUACAGUCAGGACAAAAGAGAAGGAGAGUCGUUCAGCUGUGGGGAGAACAAUGCCUGUUUCUGUGCGAGGAGGGUCUGAUGUCAGUGCCUGAGGAAGCUGCUGAGAGCUGCCGGAGCAGGUGAUCUCCCUUAUUUGGUAGUGGCCCAGAUCAUGUGACCACAAAAUGGUGGAAGCUGUGAGCUGUUUGUAAGCUGAGCAUCUCUACGAGAGGCUGGGAGAAAGAGCAGGAAGGCAGCACGUCCAUGCUCUGAGACACACCAGGACAGAGCUUCCCGAGCCCCAGCAGCGGUCCUCCUGGGAUGGACCUGGCAUCAGAGAGCAAAAUGAACUCUGAGGGGGGCGAAGGCCGACCAGUCCCUCCCACCUCCCUCCCCCUGCAGGGUGGGCCCUCCCAGAGGAAGAAGCUCUCGGCCCCUCGCAUCAGCCUGUCUCUGGACCAGAGUGAGGACGACCUGGGGGAGACGCCCGACGACCUGGACAUCAACGUGGACGACCUGGACACUCCGGAUGAGGGGGACUACCUCGACUACACCGACCACGAGAUGGACUGGGAAGACCCCAACCCAGCCAGUAGGGGGGGGCCCAGCGAGCCUUCCUACUCCAUCCCGACGUACAGCGCUGAGGAGGAGCGUCAGGACGGGAAGCUGUGGAGGACGGUGGUCAUCGGGGAGCAGGAGCACCGCAUCAACAUGAAGGUCAUCGAGCCCUACAUGAGGGUCAUCUCACACGGAGGUUACUAUAGCAACGGGGUGAACGCCAUCAUCGUGUUCGCCGCCUGCUUCCUGCCAGACAGCGACCGAGAGGAGUACCAUGAGAUAAUGGAGAACCUCUUCCUCUAUGUGAUCAGCACCCUGGAGCUGAUGGUGGCGGAGGAUUACAUGAUCGUGUAUCUGAACGGAGCGACGCCUCACCGGAGGAUGCCCGGCCUUGGCUGGCUGAAGAAAUGCUACCAGAUGAUCGACAGAAGGCUCAAGAAGAAUUUGAAAUCCUUCAUCAUUCUCCAUCCGUCGUGGUUCAUCAGGACGAUACUGGCCAUCACCAAGCCCUUCAUCAGCACCAAGUUCAGCAGUAAGAUUAAGUACGUGAACAGUUUGGACGAGCUGCAGGAAACCAUCCCCAUGGACAGCAUCCAGAUCCCAGAAUGCAUCAUUACGCUUGACAAGGAGCUGAAGGAGGCAGCGGAGAACUCAAAGAGGAAUAGUUUUCUGCUGGGGUUGGAUUCAACAACACUAACAACAGCAGCAGCAGCAGCAGCAGGAGGAGGAGGAGGAGGAGGAGGCAGGACGAACAGACCGGACGCAGCCGGGGCCAGCAGCUCCUAAACCCACGGGUCCUUCAAUGUUCAAAGGUGUAUUGUACGGGUAAAGCUGGAAAUCAGAGGCCUGUAAAACCAGUGUGUGUAUGUGUGUGUGUGUGUGUGUGUGUCUGUUUGUUAUUUAGACACUGGAGUUGAAUAUGAAAACACACCUUGUUAAAAGAUCUUUACGGAGCAGCUGGAGUCCGCUGGGACGCUCGGAUGUUCACGGCAGGUUAAGAAAUGCAAUCACACACACCAGACGGACGGUGCGUCGCUCAUCCGUCGUAGAGGCUGUAGUGUCGUAGUCGUGUGCAUGAGACGCAGUGGAGCAAUAAUGUCACCCUUUACCGGUCACACACACACCCAGUGUUUCACAUAGAAAAAAAGGCCUCGUCAGCAGUCCUCAAUAAAAGCACAAGGUGAAGCCAAACUAAACAACCUGUGCCAUAGACGACCAACACUGCAUUCAAGCAAUCCACUCUCUGUCUUAAUUCAGCUAAGGAGUUAAUAGAUAUUAUAGAGUCUUUAUGAAAGAGUAAGUUAACUAUGAUCAGUGUGUGUUCACUGUCCUCGAGGAGAAACAGAGUUAAUUAAAGAUGGGAUUCCUGUAAAGCACAAUAUCUUCUAUGUGUGUGUGUGUGUGUGUGUGUGUGUGCAUGUCCCCUCAUAGAGAGCUGAUGAGCUGUGUGGAGGAUGUGCAGAGGAUCCCUGUCGAGUAACUCAAUAAACCUUAAGUCUCAA